AUGGCUGAGCAACCUCAAGGGGAGGCCUUGGUCUCUUCCUUAUGGACCAGAUCCCUACUCUCUGGUGCACUCGCUGGUCUCACCGUAGACUGCUCUCUCUACCCUCUUGACACCCUCAAGACCCGACUCCAAAAGGCACGCGACACCAAUGCCCCCCAAGCUCCCCGGAACCUAUCUCUCCGUCAAACAAUCCGCGGCAUCUACGCCGGUCUCCCCUCCGUUCUCUUCGGCUCCGCACCCUCCGCCGCCUCCUUCUUCAUUGUCUACGACGGCGUCAAGCGUUCUCUCCUCCCGCCCACCUCCUCGCCCGAAACUCCCUCCCGCGCAUACAUCCUCUUCACCCACUCCAUCGCCUCCUCGCUCGGCGAAAUUGCCGCCUGCGCCGUGCGUGUCCCCACAGAAGUGACCAAGCAGCGCGCCCAAGCCGGCCUCUUCGGCGGCUCAAGUCUCCUCGCCCUAAAAGACAUCCUAUCUCUCCGCCAUGCGACCCCUAACGACCCUACAGCGGCCCCCGUGAAACGCGGCUAUGGCCAGGUCAUCCGUGAGCUCUACCGCGGCGCUGGUAUCACUAUCGCGCGCGAGAUUCCGUUCACGGUCCUGCAGUUCACUAUGUGGGAAUCUAUGAAAGAGGCAUAUGCGAAUCGCUAUUUGCGCCCGAAGGCUGCUGGCGCAAAGUCUGUUACUGAGACACAGAUCCCGGCUUCUACGAGCGCUAUGUUUGGUAGUGUGUCUGGUGCUAUUGCGGCGGGUUUGACGACGCCGUUGGACGUUAUCAAAACGAGGGUUAUGCUUGCGCGCCGGGGUGGUGCGGACGCGCCCGUGCGCGUUAAGCAGAUUGUGCAGGAGAUUGCGGCGGAGGGUAUGGGUGCUUUCUGGCGUGGAAUUGGGCCCCGGGUCGCGUGGAUUGGUAUUGGUGGUGCGGUGUUCUUGGGUAGUUAUCAGUGGGCGUGGAAUACGUUAGAAGGGAGGAGGGAGGAGAAGGAACGGGAGUGA